UGACUAAAAGAGAGCGGCGUAAGCGCAAGUGAUUCGCAGAAGUUAGGACAGUUUGCCUCUGCAAGCCUUGGUGAAAUAACGUGUUGCAUUUAAACCCUGGGAGAUUUAACUGUGUGUGAUAAACAGUGUCCUGAACUGGGCGAUAACAAAAACGAUGGAAAUGGAGAAUACCAAACAGAAAGGAAUAAAAGCACCAGAUAAAGAUGUUAUUCAAAGGAUAACUGGAUCUUUCGGCAAAUACCAGCUGUGGCUCUGUGCACUGAUAUUCCUGUCUAAAUUUCCCGUGGCUUACCAUCAAAUGGCUAUAAUUUUCUUGUCACCAAAAGUAUCAUAUUCCUGUAAUGAAACGGGCACAAAUAAUACUUGUCCUUGCAUGGAGCCCGAGUAUGAUACGUCAAUUUUUAUAUCUACUAUUAUUUCGGAAUGGCAUUUGAUAUGUGGGAGGAAGUGGUUGGCAAGUUUUUCUCAAACUUUAUUUCAGCUGGGAACUUUAUUGGGAAGUGUGUUCUUCGGAAUGGCAUCCGAUAGGUUUGGAAGAAAGAUGCCGUUGCUUGCAGCUGUGGUGCUGCAGGUGUCGAUGGGCAUAAUAGCCGGGUUUAUUCCAGACUAUUGGCUUUUCGCAUUUGUACGAUUCCUAGUUGGCAUGUCUGUGGGAGGCACCAUGGUUACAGGGUUUGUCAUCGUUAUGGAAUUCGUUGGAACGCAGUACCGAGAGGUGGUUUCUGCUCUAUAUCAGAUACCCUUCAACUUAGGCCAUUUGACAUUGCCACUUUUUGCCUAUUUCUUCAGGGAUUUCAGAGAAUUCCAACUGUCGAUUUCCAUACCGACGGUUGUAUUACUGUGCUAUUUUAUUUUUGUACCCGAUACACCAAGAUGGUUGAUUGCCGUGAACAGAACAGACGAUGCUGUGAAAAUAUUGAAACGUGUCGCUAAAAUAAAUGGUCGUCCAACUGACAGCAUUCAAUCUGAAGUAGAUUCAUACCAAGCAGCAUUAAUAAAGUCGGACCUACGGAAGGGAAAUAUACUGGAUUUACUUCGGACGCCUAAUUUGCGGAAGAAUACAAUUUGUAUGUCGUUAAAUUGGUUGACAUGCAGCUACUGUUUUUAUGGUGUGUCACAAUAUGUCGGACAAUUAAGUGGUAACGUGUUUAUUAACGUAGCGGCCAGUGCCUGUGUUUCAUUUUUUGGUACUUUGCUGUCCAUACCAUUGUUAAGGGUAAUGGGAAGAAGGACUAUUGUUAUAGUAUUUAAUUUCAUUUGUGCUGCGUGUCUUUUACUAUUGACCAUGGUACCCGAAGGUGUUUGGUCUGUAGUGUGCGCUAUCGUCGGAGUAGUAACAAGUUUUAUUGUAUUCGUUGUAGUUUAUUUAUAUUGUUCGGAAUUAUUCCCGACUGUAGUGCGCAAUGCAGCUCUUGGCACUUCGUCAAUGAUGGCCCGAGUUGGGUCCAUGAUAGCUCCUUUCGUUAUAGAUACGGCAGCAGUAGCACCGUGGCUGCCGCCUCUAUUGUUCGCCGUACUACCACUUAUGGCAGGUUGUAUCACUUUCAUGUUGCCAGAAACAAGGGGAUGUGAGCUUAUGACAACUAUAGAAGAAGGCGAAUCUUUCGGCAAAAAUAUUGCUAAACAAGACACAAAGAGUGAUCAACGAUAUUAAUAACCUACAAACCUAGCCAAAUAAGUUAGUUAGGUAUUAUUUAAGUAACACAUUUUGUACAUAUCAUUAUUGAAGAUCAAUUGUAAUGUCGAGCUAAAUUUGUAAAUACAGUGUAAAUUUGUAAAAUUAAGUCAA